GGCGGCGGAGGGAGUGAGUAAUAGUGGCAGCAGCGAGAGGGCGAGGGACCUCUGAAACUCCCGUCUGUCACAAUAAUCCGCCACGGACGUUAUGGAUUCAAGCCCGGAGAGGCGGCGAGAAGUGGCUUUUGGUGGACUUCGACCCUCCGCAGACGCGCUGCCGACUCGCGGAUGAGGACCCUUCUAGAUUCCGGACAGGUGACAGCCACUGACUGCCCGAUGGAGAAAUACGAAAAGCUGGCCAAAAUCGGCGAGGGGUCCUAUGGUGUGGUCUUCAAAUGCAGACACAGGGACACUGGCCAGGUAGUAGCCAUCAAGAAGUUUGUGGAAUCUGAAGACGACCCGGUCAUCAAGAAGAUAGCCUUGAGAGAAAUACGUAUGCUGAAGCAGCUCAAACACGUGAAUCUGGUCAAUCUGCUGGAGGUCUUCCGGAGGAAGAGACGGCUCCACUUGGUGUUCGAGUUCUGUGAACAGACGGUCCUCAAUGAACUGGACAGGCACCCUCGUGGGGUACCUGAGGCUCAGCUGAAGGGUAUAGUGUGGCAGACUCUGCAGGCCGUUAACUUCUGCCACAAGCACAAUUGCAUCCACCGUGAUGUAAAGCCAGAGAACAUCCUCUUGACCAAAACGGGGAUCAUCAAGCUCUGUGACUUUGGCUUCGCCCGCAUCCUGACGGGACCAGAGGAUGACUACACAGACUACGUAGCGACCCGCUGGUACCGGGCGCCUGAACUGCUGGUUGGGGACACUCAGUACGGGCCUCCUGUGGACGUGUGGGCUCUGGGCUGCGUCUUUGCCGAGCUGCUCCAUGGGAAUCCACUCUGGCCCGGGAAGUCUGACGUCGACCAGCUCUACCUCAUCCGAAAAACUCUAGGCGACCUGAUCCCUCGUCACCAGCAGGUCUUCCGCUCCAACGUUUUCUUCAGUGGAGUCAGUAUUCCUGAACCCGACUCGACGGAGCCCUUGGAAAAGCGCUUCCAUGGAGUGUCCCCUCAUGCCCUCCAUGUAAUGAAGUCAUGCCUGGUGAUGGACCCCUCCCUCCGGCUGUCCUGUGAGGAGCUGCUGGAGCUGCCGUAUUUCCAGGAAGAAGGAGGAACAAACUGGGGCCGCGAGGGUGAGCGCCCAGGAAGGCGACACGACAAAGGAUCCCGACGCAGACAGGCAGGGGCACAGUACCUGCCUCAGCUACCAAACAGCAACAUCUCACCCGCACCGGAUGUCAAGAAACAGGUGAAGCAUAAAUAUCACCUGCCCAACAUUUAAUAAAGCAACACACUGGUCUAAAG